CAAGAUGACGGAAACCUUCACUUCCACUGCAGAAAACUCCAUACAGACCACCAUCACCACCAGUCCAGGGUCUAACAUAUCUGCUCCAGUGUUUGUGGGAAGCACCUUCAACGAUAGAGUUGAAAUAGUCUACAACACAGUCGCACCCAAUAGAGUGAAAGAAGUACCGAAGAGUGUUUUACAGACGCACAAAGCCAGACAGAGGAAGAAGUUCAGGUUCCUUCAUGAAGGCGAUGAUAAAAUUGAACACAAAACCUUCCUCGACACGGUUUACACAGAACUCCACAUCACAGAGAGGCAGUGUGAAAGUGAGAACAGUGACCACGAGAUCUGGCAGAUUGAACGAGAAUUUUCAAGGCGUUCUCCAAAUGGGAAGCCCAUCAGCUGCAAUGACAUCUUCAAGCCUAUCCAUAGAUAUGGACCUGAUGAAAGGACGAAAGACGAAGAUGAAGGAAAUCAAGCUAAAGUCUUUAGAACUGUUCUAACAAAAGGUAUUGCAGGCAUUGGGAAAACUGUAUCGGUUCAGAAGUUUAUCCUCGACUGGACUGAAGGUAGUGCCAGCCAGGACGUGGACCUCAUGAUCGUGAUGCCCUUCAGGGAACUGAAUUUAGUCAGGGGCCACCAGAACAGUCUACACAGUCUUAUUGGCACCUUCAACCCUGAACUCAAAGAGCUGCACCCGGAAGCUUUUGAGGAACUUAAGACAGUCUUUGUUCUUGACGGUCUGGACGAAUUCCGUUCUCCACUCAGUUUUACCCACCAGUCGUUGUCAGACAUCACCGAACCAUCAUCAGUCGGGAGUCUAAUUGCAAACCUCAUAAAAGGAAAUCUUCUUUCAUCUUCUUGUAUUUGGAUAACCUCCAGACCGGCAGCAGCCAGCCAGAUCCCCUCUCAGUUCAUUGGCCGUUUGACAGAAGUUCAUGGGUUCAGUGACCACCAGAAGAAGGAGUACUUCAAGAAGAGAAUCGGUGAUCAAGGACAAGCCGAUAAAAUAGUCUCGCACAUAAUGAAAGUGAGGAGUCUUCGCAUCAUGUGUUGUAUUCCAGUCUUUUGCUGGAUCACAGCAAUCACACUGAAACAAACCCUGGACGAAUGUGACAAUUCCGAAAUCCCUAAAACCCUCACCGAGCUGUAUAUCCAUUUCCUGCUGACCCAGGCCAACAUAAAGAAACAGAAGUAUGACAUAAGUGGAGAGAAAGAUUCAAAGAAGCUUCUGGAAGCCAACAGAGGAACCAUUCUGAGAUUGGCCGAGCUGGCUUUCAAACAGCUGAUGAAACACAAUGUGAUGUUCUAUGAAGAGGAUCUCAGAGAAUGUGGCAUCGAUAUUGCUCAGGCCGCAGAGCAAUCAGGCUUUUUUACUGAAAUUCUGAAAGAGGAAUCUGUUUUUUACCAGAGGAAGGUCUACUGCUUUGUUCACUUGAGUUUUCAGGAGUUCCUGGCAGCUUUCUAUGUGUUUUACUGCCACGUGAACAAAAAGACAGAAAUGCUCAACUUUUUCCAGGGGAUAACCUACACAGACAACAGUUCACUGCAUUAUUUGCUAACGGUCGGCUUGUUACACAACUUUAACAUAAAGAACAGACAUCUGGACCUUUUCUUGCGUUUCCUGGUGGGCGUCUCAUUGGAGUCCAAUCAGAGGCUCCUACAAGGCCUCCUGAUGAAAGUACACAGCACCUCAGAGAGCAUCAAGGCAACCAUUCAGUUAGUCAAAAAGGUGUUAGGAAAUACAUGUAUGAUAUUCGGUGGCAAUCAGGUACCAAUCACUCUGUUCCUCUGCCUGCUAGAAAUGAAGGAUCACUCUCUUCUGGAGUUCCUAAAGUCAGAGAAAUGUUACGAGCAGGAACUAUCCGUCGCACACUGCUCAACGAUAGCCUACAUUAUUCAAACCUCAGAGGAGGUGCUGGACGAGCUGGAUCUGACCAAAGUCCAGACUAAAGAAGAGGGUCAAAGGAGGCUGGUUGCAGCUGCUUGGAAUUGCAGGAAAGCUCUACUUUCUGGCUGCAAUCUCAAUGAAGAGUCCUGUGAAACUUUAGCUGAGGUCCUGAUGUCAGAGGGUUCUUCGCUGAGAGAGCUGGAUGUGAGCAACAACUACCUGCAGGACUCUGGAGUGAAGAAACUCUUCGGUGGACUAAAGAGUUCAAACUGUAAACUGCAGAUACUGAGACUUUCUGGCUGCAGUCUCACUUCAGAGAUCUGUGGACUUUUGGGCUCAGCUCUUCAAGUAGAAAAUUCACCUUUGAGAGAAGUGGAUUUAAGCAACAACAACCUGCUGGAUUCAGGAGUAAAGCAGUUCUUACCUGUACUGAAGCAUCCACACUGCAAGCUGGAGACACUGAAACUCGCUCUCUGUAACAUCUCUGAGCAUUGCUGUGAAGAUCUGGCUUCAGUUCUACAGUCACCAAACUCACAUCUCAAACAGCUGGACUUGAGUAACAACGACCUUCAGGAUUCGGGAGUGAAGAUCAUCUCAGCUGGGUUGCAAAGCCCACAGUGCAAAUUGGAGAUACUUAAGUUGUCUGGUUGUUUGAUCACUGAGGAAGGAUGUUCUUCUUUGGCUUCAGCUCUGAACUCCAAUCCCUCUAAACUGAAAGAGCUGGACCUGAGCUACAAUAACCCUGGAGAAUUUGUGGGGAGGCUUUCAGUUUCUAUCAUAUUAAAUUUGGACCAUGGAGGAAAAGGCUGGAUUAAACCAGGCUUGAGAAAAUAUGCUUGUGAGCUUACCAUGGACCCAAAUACCGUGAACCCAGGACUGAGUCUGUCUGAGGAGAACAGAAAGGCGACUACAGUAGAAGUGAAAAAUGAAUCUCCAGAACAUCCAGCCAGAUUUGAUUCUGUUCCUCAGCUGCUGUGUACGGAGGGUCUGUCUGGACGCUGUUAUUGGGAGGCUGAGUACGGUGGCGGGUGGAAAGGUCUGAUUGUAGCUGUGGCUUAUGAAGGAAUAGGGAGGAAAGGUUACGGUAAUGAAUGCGUUUUUGGGAACAACAGAAACUCCUGGAGUAUUGCAUGCUCUAUGAAGAACUGCUGCGCUUAUCACAACGGCAUGAGGAACGGCGUUCCUCCACCACCCGACGGCUCCCGCUCCAGAAGACUGGGGGUGUACCUGGACUGGCCGGCUGGGGUUCUGUCCUUUUACAACAUCUCACCUGAAACGCUGAAGCUCACACACCUGCACACCUACCGUACCACCUUCACCCAACCUCUGUUUGCUGGGUUUAGCGUUACGCAACCCAACAUGUCUGUGUCUUUGUGUCAGCUGGAGUAACAGGGUUCUAGACUGGGUUCCAUUGAAAGGUUUUACUUCGAUUGAUUAAAAUUAACCUUGAUUGCUUUGGUACACAUUUUUAAACAUGAAGGUGCUUGAAAUGGUUAGUUCAGGGAUGCAAGUUAUGGUUACUUCGGAAUUAGUUUCUCAGGGGGAUGUUUUGAAAAAAUAUUUCACACUUCUACUCUUUUACUGCAAUUGAAAAAUUGAAAAAGAGUUUUUAGGCUUUUUUUCUCGGUCACAUGACAUCACAGCGUUCAGUAGCUCCUCCAUUUCCACUCGCUGUUGUGUUUUGUUUACCGUGGAUCUCCAUGGAAACGCAUGCCCAAAGUGUAAUUACGGUGCGCAGCAGUGGACAAAUAGCUAUUUUAUUAAACGCGAGGACACAAGACUAAAAGGGGACGGGACUAAAAUUACCGGAGGACCACAGAGUUUAGAGAAAAACAGUAGAUAAUUCAGCCUGUAAUUUUCUCAGAGGACGUCUGAAAAAAAAAAACACGUACAUGAUCGUUCUGGACGGGAAUAAAAUCACAGAGGAUAAAAAAAAAAGAGAAAGAGAUAAUUACCCAGAACCUCCUGAGAAACUAAUCCCAUCCAGAUAGGACAUAAAUCCAAUCUGAGCUAAAGGCUAAAGCUGUUGUUUCCAUGUGGGUCAGCCAGACGUCUUCCUGUAGCAGUUUUCUCCAGUUUCUUUUAAAGGUGUAGGAAACAGUACUCACUGCUCUCUGGCUUCAUCUGUAAUUUCUCUAAAGAAAAGAAAACUUCUACUUUUAAUAGUUACAGAGUUCUCUGUGUUUCUGUGUAUCCUUUUCUAUAGGUAUUAUUUUGUACACUGCAGUGUGUACUAUUUCCAGUUAUUGACUGUACCUGAAGAGAUUAAGUGGCAAAAAUAAAGGAAAAAAAAUAAAUCAACAUGUCUUUGUUUUUUUACAUCAUU